UUGAAGAUUCUAGGAACUGUAGGAGAACCUAUCAAUUCAGAAGCCUGGCUAUGGUACUAUAAUGUCAUUGGCAAUCAAAGGUGUCCCAUCGUGGACACCUUUUGGCAGACAGAAACCGGGGGUCAUGUGAUAACUCCUCUCCCGGCUGCCACUCCACUAAAACCUGGAUCCGCAACUUUUCCAUUUUUCGGAGUGGUCCCUGCUGUUUUGAAUGAGCAUGGAGAGGAAUUAGUGGGAGAAGCGGAAGGUUAUCUGGUCUUCAAACAUCCAUGGCCAUCUAUAAUGAGGACUGUGUAUGGUAACCAUGAGCGCUUUGAGAAUACCUACUUCAGAAAGUUUCCAGGAUAUUAUGUGGCUGGAGACGGAUGCAGAAGGGAUAAGGAUGGGUACAUCUGGAUUACAGGUCGGAUAGAUGAUAUGCUGAAUGUGUCAGGCCACCUGUUAAGCACUGCCGAGGUCGAAUCUGCACUGGCAGAGCAUCCAGCAGUUGCGGAGGCAGCGGUAGUUAGCCGCCCACACACUGUGAAAGGGGAAUGUCUCUACUGCUUUGUCAUUCUGAAAGAUGGCAAGAAAUUUACAGAAGUCAUUGCAGAAGAACUUAAAAAGCAAGUUCGUGAGAAGAUUGGACCUAUAGCAACACCAGAUUUCAUACAGAAUGCUCCUGGAUUGCCAAAAACACGAUCAGGUAAAAUAAUGCGGAGGGUCCUCAGGCAGAUUGCCCGGAAUGAGAAAGAUUUGGGAGACAUAUCUACACUGGCAGAUCCCAGCAUAGUGGAGGUCUUGUUCAGCCAACGAUGUGAAGCAGCAGCAUGA